AUGUCCUGGUUUCAGAAAACCUUCACCCUCGCUCCGAAGGCCCGCGGUUCAUAUCUCAUCGACAAGGAGGUCAGAGAUCAACUUCCCGAGAUUGAAAACUUCAAGGUCGGAAUCUUACAUCUUUUUAUCAAACACACGAGCUGUGCCCUCUCGUUGAACGAGAACUGGGAUAGUGAUGUGCGCGAAGACAUGACCAAUGCACUUGAACGAAUUGCGCCUUAUGAUCGGGAGGGAGACCUUUAUCUCCAUUCGGCGGAAGGAGAGGAUGACAUGCCGGCGCACAUUAAAUCUGCAUUGAUUGGAGCUUCUGUUAGCAUCCCUAUUUCUAAUGGAAAGCUGGCCACCGGUACUUGGCAAGGAAUUUGGUAUCUGGAGUUCAGGGCUUAUAAGCAUUCGAGGAGCAUUGUUGCUACUAUCCAGGGAGAGAAGUACGAGUGA